AUGGCUCCCAUGGCCUUCUCUGCCUCCUUUGCGUUUUUCAGCCUCAGCCUUGUCGUGAGGAAAGCUGCCGGCCAUGCGAUGCUAACAGUACCACACUCCAAGAACAAUGGCUAUCCAGGGAGCUAUGCUUUGACGAGGUCGGAGUACUACACCACAGCUUCAUGGUGGCUCGAUCGGGCAUUCUUCGAGGGCGACACCAAGAAGACUCCAUGGCUGAAACCUGGACACUUCUCCUGGAGAGAUGCGCGGGACUUAUAUCCGGACUUUCGGCAGGUCUUCCAUCCAUGCGGCUGCUACAAUCCGUGUCUGUGCGGGCUAUUGGAUCGGGCGGUUUGUUAUGUGGCCCUUAACUUCUUGGUUCUCAGCAGCGAAGGAGAGAAUAUAUUGUAUGGGGAUGGGAAGGAGAGAACAUAUUGUAUGGGGAUGUUACAGGGAUUAUAUUCCUUUAUUCCCUACUAA